AUGCCCGUUUCAGUCUACCGCCUAGGUCGUUUUGAUAAGAAACAUCCCAGACUUUUGAAGGUUCUGCGUCGAGCGCCUCGACUAAAGCAUUUUAGAGUCUCAGGACUCUUUAUACGACCUUCCCUUCCCAAAUCGGAAAGGGACAGGCUACGCAAUGAGCGAGUCGCCCGUCGCAGCAACCCUAAUGCUGCUACCACUCAUUCGCAUCCUCAGUAUUCUGAUAGUGCUCAGUCAUGCAAUCUCACCGGUGAUGUUGAUGUGACCUCGUUGCCGGCAAAUGCAAAUUCUACUCCCCCUGAGGAGAUGUAUGCUUUUCUUGCUUUGCUCAAUUUUUAUUCAUUUGACAUUGUCGCUCUCACUGAGACCUGGCUCAGCUCUAAAGAUGACACAUUAGCUCUCUUAGGUGGAUGCUCCUCGCAUUACGAAGUAUUACGAUGUGACCGAAAAAGGACUAGAGGCGGCGGUGUGGCCCUCCUUGUUUGUAAGCAGCUUUAUCCAAACCUAUUUUUGAAGAGUUGGUACCGAAAGUUAUGA